AUGCGGUGCGCGAGCAAGGCCGCCGAGAGCGCGUCCGCACGUCUCUGUGCGGACGCCGAAGCAGAAACCGCUGCAACCGAUGUGUCAUCGGUUGCUAAAGCGUCUCAGCCUGUAUCACCUGGUGAUGCAGGCGCUCGUCAUGAAGACACUCAUGUCUUCACAGAGUAUGAGCUCGGUGUCUCAUACUCUCCUGAUACGGAAGAGGGAUCUGUAUCGAAGGCGUUUGAAACCAAGCCGCCUGCCAAGCGUGGUAUGGAUGAUGCUACGCGUCUUAGCAUCUUCGGUUCGUCUGACGAUUCAGAUGAACCAUCGCCAAAGCAAAGGCGCUCCAGGUCGCAAGACUCGGGCGCUCACAGUGGCGUCGGUUCUCCUGUCGACACCACUUCGCAGCGAUGUACCAGUGAUCGCUAUCGAACACAAUUGUUCGAUUCAUCAAGGAUCCAUCACCUUGACCGCAGUGCGAAAAACCAUCGCACUGAACACGAUUUCUUCAUCGAUGCUUUCUUUAAGCAUCGAUGGUACAGUGGGAAUCAAAAACGUGAUGGUCCCUUACUGCUUCAAGCGUGGAACGCCUACAUUCAUAAUCUUGAGGAUGUGGGUCGUGACGUUCGGAACGACAAACUUAUCAAAGCUCGUGAUAAGUUUGAAAAGCUAACCCCGACAGGUGCACGCUAUAAGCUGCAUCGUCUGUCUUAG